GGCUACGUACUUAGAUACUGGCCAGACCAGACCGGAGAUGAUACCCACGCGGGAGCUAGCCCCGAACUAGCCUGUCUUCUCCGCACUGCCAAUGCUAAAUCCAAUCCCCUAGAUACUCCCCGGGCCUCGGCAACUCCAUACUCCAACACUUCUUUAACAUCACAUCCAACUCUCCCUCUCCCUCUCCAAACAACACUCUAUCCCAACCCUACCACAAUCUCAACCAACUCCGCACCCUAAACCAACCAACCUACCAACCAACCUACCAACCAACCAAAAGUCUUCCCCCAAAAAAAGCAAAAUCAAAAUCAAAAAUGCCCCCUCUCAAUCUCCCCUCCCCCAAAACCCUAACACUCAGCCAACCCACCCCCUCCAUCCUCCUCGUCACACUGUCCCGCCCAAACGCCCUAAACAGCAUCGCCUCCGCCGGCCACCAAGAACUCCACGCCAUCUGGACCUGGAUGGACGAAGAGCCCUCCAUCCGAGUAGGGAUAUUAACCGGUGCGGGACGAGCUUUUUGCGCAGGCGCGGAUUUAAAAGAAUGGAACAAUACUGUGCAGCCCAAACCUACACCCGAAACAAAGUCAAACCACGCUGUAAGCAUGCCUCCCACCGGCUUCGGCGGCCUCUCUCGCCGCAGCGGCAAAAAGCCCAUCAUCUGCGCCGUGAACGGUCUCUGUCUCGGUGGUGGAUGCGAAAUGAUUCUCAAUGCGGAUUUGGUUAUCGCCGCUGAAAAGGCUUAUUUCGGACUGCCGGAGGUGCAGCGCGGAGUGGUGGCGUGGGCGGGGGCGUUGCCGCGGUUGGUGCGGACGGUGGGACGGCAGCGGGCAAUGGAGAUGGCUUUGACGGGGCGGCGAGUGGACGCGGCGGAGGCACUGCGAUGGGGAUUCGUGAAUGAGGUGGUGCCUGCGGAGGGGAAUGUGGUGGAGCGUGCGGUAGAGGUCGCGACCCAGAUUGCGGCAAAUAGUCCUGAUGCGGUGGUGGUAAGUCGUGAGGGCGUCAAGCUGGGAUGGGAGGGCUUGGGGGCGGACGAGGCAUCGAGCCGCCUGAUUGAGGUCUGGUCGGAGCGGUUGAACGCGGGUGACAAUAUCAAGGAGGGCCUGUGCGCCUUUGUGGAGAAACGGAAGCCCCGGUGGGUGGAUAGUAAGUUGUGA